AUGGUGCUGGCCAUUGUGUGCAUGGCAACACUAGCAUGGGUGGUGGACGAGGCUGGCAACACCACCCUGUACAUCGGACUGAAGAAGUACCGUCGCGAGACACCGUCGGGCGAUAUCUCGGGCUCCCUGGAAGAGCUGAAGCAGACGUACCCGCUGGCGCGCAAGCUCGAGGAGGGCGGAGACAAUAUCCUCGGCACUGGCAUUGUGGCGAUCAUUCUCCUCUUUGCUGCCCUCAUCAUGAUCAUCAUCCACAUCACAGGCCGUCCACAGUAUCGCCUCCACUGGAUCGCCAUCAUCCUCCUCUUCUUUGCCGGCUUCCUCGCCAUGCUCGGCACCGUUCUCUACGCCAAGAAGCUCAACGUCGGCUACUCGUUCAUCCUCUUCACCUUCACCGGCCCGCUCAUCUUUGCCUCGGCCGUCUUUAUGCUCUACGCCAUCGUCUCCUCGCGCGGCCCGGCGUACGUCCCGCGCAAGGCCCCGCAGCAGGCCCCUGCCACCGGCUCGGUCUACAAUGAAGAGUUUACACAAGUCAAGGCAUUCUUUGAGUUGACGGAAGAGAACAUGACGUUCUGUGGAUGGGUGACCAAGACCAAGCGCAAGAAAAAGUCUGUCGACCACCGGCUGCUCACCAUCGGUCAGUACCGAGUCGCCACCUGGAAGGAGUCCAAGCUCGGCUCUGCACUCAAACUGGCUCGUGAGGGUCACCUGCUUGACCUUGCCUCGCUCGACUAUGUAGAGGCUGCAGAACAUGCUUCGGUCAACCUCAAGUUUCGUGAGUUUGAGUUCCCUUUCGUGGAGACCCUCUCCCGCGGGAGGCACAUUGUCUCGCUUAUCAAGAACUUCUACGUCCUCAUGUCGUGCAACGUGCCGCAGGAAACCUUUUUCGGUCUCUAUGUUAACGCUGCUCCAGACGCACCUGAGGAUCUUUCUCGCUUUCCGCCGCUGCCCAAGGGCAUUCCCUUUUCUGGCUUUGUCGAGGCGUAUGAGGCCCACUGCGUCCGCGCGGGCCUCCAGCUGGCAAACGUUGUUGUCUAUCGCGAGCUCCUUGACUACAUUGUCCAGCACGCUGGUGAUAGAUCCAUUGCGCUGGUCCCGUCGCUCCUCAACUCGUUCGAGUUUCUUGACGCCAAGGCCCGCCCGCUCUUCCUGCUCGAGCCCUUUGUCAACGCGCUCAAGUACAACGCCUACUUUGAGUCGGUCACUGUCUCGUCGGUCACCCGCCUCGACAUCUUUGACGUUCUCUCCCACGCUUUUACCGCCAACUCUACCAUCACCCGCCUUGAUCUCUCGGAGCUCUCGGCCAACUCGGGUUUUGGAGUCUUUGGCCGCGCCCUGCGCGACAACCCGGUGUGUGCCCUCACCGCCAUCGACCUCUCUUUCAACGCCAUCAAGGACAAGGGCAUUGCCGCCCUGGCACCAGGCCUCGCCACCCUCCAGCUCCGCGAGCUCAAUCUGGCGUACUGCCAGUUUGGCGCAAAGGGCAUGUCCGCGCUCGGCAAGGCCCUCGCGGCUGCGCCGCACGUCGCCACCUCGCUCGCCCAGCUCGACCUCUCUGGAAACAAGCUCGGCUCGUCGGGCACCAGCGCUCUUGCCAACUGGCUCGUCGACGCCCCAAUCACCACCCUCGCCUCGCUCAACGUCGCCGAGACCGCGCUCAAGGUCAAGAAGUUCUCGCCCAUCCUCUCGCCCGAGGCCACUCCGGGUCUGGUCAAGCUCAACCUCUCGAACAACACCUUUGUUGACCGCGACGUUGUCCACCUCUCAAACGCACUCAUGUCGUCUGCUGUUGUUGAGCUCGACCUCUCGGCUGCCAAAGUCUCCAUCGAGAGCCUCGCCGGCAUUGUUGGCUGCCUCGUCACCGACCGCACCCGCACCCGCUCGGUCCUGGAUCUCUCAUCCAUCCCGCUCAAGCCGGCCGGCGCUAUCCGCCUCGCCUCCUCGAUCUCGGUUGGGCUCAACCUCCGCUCGCUCUGUCUGGACGACGCCCAGCUCGGCUCCGAAGGCACCAUCGCCGUCCUCGAGGCCCUCAUCCAGUCGCCCAUGAUCGAAGCGCUUUCGCUCUCGCGCAACGUCCGCGCCAAAGACAAGGCGCUGCCGGACGUCGUCAACGCACUUGUCCGCCUCGUCUCGCUUCCCAACUCACCGUUGGUCUCGCUCGAGAUCCUCGGCAACUCCAAGUACGCGUUUGGCAGUUCGCUCGUCGAGUUCUUUGACGCGCUCGCCUCCAAUGCCGCGCUCAAGGAGCUCAACGUUGAGGGUAACGGCUUUCGCGAUGAGGGCGCCGAGGCGCUCGGCGCCGCCCUCGCCUCCAACGCCUCGCUCGAGACCAUCUUUAUCGACAACAACGCCAUGUCGCUUGCGGGCUUAGACGCCUUUGCCAACGGCGUCGCCUCCAAUUCGUCCAUCAUCAACCUGCCCAUUCCGGACGCAGAGUUCAAGCGCAUCGUGCUCGACAAUGCCGGUGAUACCGAGGCCUUUGAAAAGAUGCGCAACAUUAUCAAGACCCUCCGGUUUGCCGUCCGCUUCAACAAAACAGGUCGCGGUGCAGGAUGGGCGGCCCCGACGUCGCUCUUUGGCGACGACCCGAACCUCUCCGACGACGAGUGGCUCGCCCGCGACAAGCUCGAGCGCCGCGCCCGCCGCGCCGCCCGCCGCGCCGCAAAGGCCGAGGCCGAGCGUCGGACCAACGAGGUUGGCUCUGCCCAUCGUGCCUCGCUCAACAUGUCUCGUGCCAACAAGCGCGGCACCCUCUCUAUCUCCGACUUUCAGGUCGAGGACUUUAUGGAGCGCAUGGGCUCAGUGUCCAAGGCCGGUGGCGGAGCUGGGGCCGCCAAGGGUCGCGGCCUGCUUGCGACCGCCGCGCGCAACCGCGCCACCAACCAAGGUUCGGACGCCGUCGUCCGCAUCCGGCCCAUCCCGGCUCCGAGACCGACGUCGAUGGUGGGUGCCGGCGCCGGGCCGUCCGAAACCACAUUCCGGCUCGAUUACUCGUACGACUCGGACUCGGACUCGGGCUCGGACUCGGGCUCGGGCUCGAACGACUCGUCAUGA